AUCUAUAAUUGACAUCAUCUGUUCUGAUCGGGAGCUCUAAUCCGUGACACUAGGCACCUUUUCCGUUAAAGAUUCAGCUAUCCCGUCAGUCCCUUUGGACUGGACACCGUGUGGGUCAGAGAGCUGGAGCACCCUGAGCACAAUGGAGAGAUCAACAAGCAGACAGAGCAGGAAGAAAGUUGUAGCAGUGGUGGGAGGUGGUUUGGUUGGGGCACUGAAUGCCUGCUUCUUUGCAAAAAGAGGCUUUGAUGUGGAACUCUUUGAAAGUCGGGAAGAUAUCCGACGUGCUAAGAUUGUGAAGGGGAGAAGCAUCAACCUGGCCUUGUCUCAUCGAGGCCGGCAAGCACUGAAACAUAUUGGACUGGAGGAGAAGAUUGUUGCCCAAGGAAUCCCGAUGCAUGCAAGAAUGAUCCAUUCGCUGAAUGGGAAACAGUCCCCAAUCCCUUAUGGCAGGAAAGGCCAGUACAUCCUGUCGGUAGACCGAGCCAAUUUGAACAAAGAGCUGCUAACAGCGGCAGAGACAUAUCCAAACACAAAGAUGAACUUCGACCACAAACUGCAGGACUGGAAUGCUGAAACGGGCCUGAUGACCUUUGCCAGGUAAACAGUCACUAAUCUUAUACAUGCCACAUGCAGACCUUCACCUAAGGAGAGGGUCUGCACUUUGGGAUUCUUUGUUUUAACUCCGGAUUUAUUGACUAUGUACAUGUUAAACGCCUAAGGCUGGAGUUGGUGAAAAACAAGCUGUACUUGAAACCUUGUGGUGGGACUUUCUAGUUGCUCUGUAUUUUGGUUCUGCUUGAAGUAAAUGUGACAACUCAAUUAACACUGAAAGACCUCUGGGUGUCAUAAUCCGAGUAAGUGUCUGCUGUUUUGGUGUGUGUUGGCUGCCUGUCAGCUACUCCUAUGUUUAGUUUUGCCGUUCGUGAAACAAUACUCAACUCACCUGCAGCUCGCUUUGCACGUCCUCUGCCACUACUGUGGCUGCACAAUCAUCGUUGGCUAUCUGCCAUCACUCAUCCUCUCCGGCUACACGCUACAGCCGCAUCCACGUCACCUGCCUGUCAUUGUCAAUCACUGGAAAUAAGGAUUGGAUCAACCACCUCUCUCAUCCCGCUUCGCAGCCAGGACACUCCCUCCCUUCACAGAGUUAAUCUCCCUUCAGCUGAAAAGUAAGCCAUUGCUCCUAACUCACUUUUAGCCAGUGGUCCACACGUCAGAGACUCACAUUACAUUUUCCUUGUUUCCAGUUUUGUUUCCCUGUGUUCAAUAAAGCACUGUCAACUGCUCGUCAGUUGUCUCUAGGGUCUGUUUUUGGGUCCACUCCGACGUAUUGGCCUUCUGUCCACUGACAGUACAGAAUGGCCUAAAAGAAUCAACCCAGCAGAUCUAAUUCUGACCACAAUAUCCAAACAAGUUGCCAUUAUCGGUUGGCCCGAGUGGGCCUCCAGUUUCUGUGAUGUAAACCCAUGACAAGGAGGGGGAGAUUCUUUCUGCAGUUCAGGAGCUCUGUUCUGAGGUCACACCUGCUGCUCACCAGCCUCCAGCCUUCAAGAGCUAAAGAAAACUUUUGCUCAUUCAGCCUCUGAGGGAAGAAAUUAAUAAAUCUGUGUCGAGCUAAGCGUAGUGUGGCCAAAUUUGUUGUCGAUUUUUGCACAGGAGCCCUUUGCACGCCUUAUACGAUCAAAUGAAUCAUCAACUGGCAUCACUGGACAAGCCUGGUUCGUUUGAGGAUUUAGUCUCUCUUUCUCUCUCUCGAUUGAUAAUCAUCUGAGGGAGAGAGGCUGAACAAGACCAUUAAUCUCAUAAAACAAUGUUCCAAUCCUUCCCUGUGUCCAUUUUGCCAUCUCUGGAAAAAACAUCCACCAUAAGCUCCACCAUCCACCUCUCUCUCCUCCUUAUCCUCCACCCAAACCUAUGCAGAUCGGGCGAUCUUUGCUCACUUAGGAGGAAAGAGAGAGGUGCUUUUAUGCCCGUGAAUGUUUCUAUUAUGGGAAUCCAGAUCAUUUUCUUGCUGCAUUCCUUCUUCGGCCAAAAAAUUACCCACCCCCGUAAUUUCAGGGAUACAGGUGGAAGGCUCGUCGAUUACUUCCAAACUCUGUCUCCCGCUACCAGUCACCCUUCGCUUCAACCAGGUCUCCAGUUCCCUCCAUACUCUUAUAGAUUCUGGUGCUGAACAAAACCUCAUCGAUCUUGAGUUAGUCAAGCAGUUGGACCUCCCACUCAUCCCCCCCUACCAGCCACUGCACUAAACAGCCAAGUUUUUGCUCACAUUCACACCAAACCAAGCCCAUUUGUUUAUUUAAGGGC